AUGGAUUCAAGCAUGGAUCCCAAGAACCGUCUGAAGAUCAACUUUCAAGGGUACAGCAAUGACCGCAGCUUUCAACCAACUAACGACCGUGUCUUCCCCACCACACCAUCCACCUUCCCCCAACCUGUCUUCAACAGCAAUUCCGGUGGAACUACCCCAAACGCAAACGCUUACAGCAACAAUCAAUCCCAGGGUGCAUACAACACUCAAAGUGGAGGCUACUUCGCCGCAGUCUCACAACCUCAGCAACCAAUGUCCGCCUACCAGAGCCAAGGUCAACAUCAAAAUCAGUAUCAGGCGCCACAGAACCUUGCUACUCCUCAGCCAGCAUACCAACAACGACAAGGGGCUCCUCCGAGACAGGGCAGCCCUUUCGGUCAUCAGGCAGGACCAAUCGCAAGGACGAUGCAACAGCCCCCUCCCCCAUCGAAUCGAUCUCAGCAAGGUCUAAGUUCUUCGUUUCAAAGUCAAGAGACAAAUGCUCGGUCGCUGUCGCCUGCCUCCGAGGAUCCGCCGGAGAAAAAUCCCGAAAAAUACUCGUCGAAUGUAGUAUCUCGUGGACAGGGUCUCCACUCUUUUGUUGAGACUUUCUUCAAGGAGAAUAUAUCUCGAGCACGGGAGAGGAAUAAACGUGCACGUGAAGUGGAUGUGGAUCUACGAAACCCAUCUCUAUCCGAUAUCCAGAAAACUAAGAAGGUGGAGGGAAUUCGACGCUCUGAAGCUGGCUACCUACGCUACUUACGCCAUAAGGAGCGCCCAGAGAACUUUUCGACGAUCAAGAUCAUUGGUAAAGGGGCUUUUGGUGAGGUACGCUUGGUGUCGAGGAAGACGGAUGGCAAAAUUUACGCUUUGAAAUCGCUCAUCAAGACUGAGAUGUUCAAAAAGGAUCAGCUGGCGCACGUUAGAGCUGAACGUGACAUCCUUGCCGAAUCAGAUAGUCCAUGGGUCGUUAAGCUGCACAACACUUUCCAAGAUAAUGCCUACCUCUACAUGCUGAUGGAAUUUCUUCCCGGUGGAGAUCUGAUGACCAUGCUGAUACGAUACGAAAUCUUCUCUUUGGCUGUCACAAGGUUCUACAUGGCUGAGAUUAUCAUGGCAAUUGAAGAAGUUCAUAGGCAUGGCUACAUACAUCGUGAUAUUAAACCGGACAACAUUCUCCUAGAUAAACAAGGCCAUGUCAAACUUACUGAUUUCGGCUUGUCUACCGGCUUCCGCAGAGUGCAUGAAAAUACGUACUAUCAGGAUUUGUUGAAUGCGCGAGACUCCGCAAAUAGGAAAAAACAGCAGAAUCGACAAUCUGUCACCCUGGAUCAAAUUAAUCUGACCAUGAGCAAUCGCAAUGCAAUCAAUACAUGGCGUAAAUCGCGUCGAACGCUUGCUUAUUCAACAGUCGGAACGCCUGACUACAUUGCCCCUGAGAUCUUUACUGGCCACGGAUAUUCCUUUGGAUGUGACUGGUGGUCUGUCGGUGCGAUUAUGUUUGAGUGUCUUAUUGGCUGGCCACCCUUCUGCGCGGAGGACGCCCACGAUACGUACAAAAAGAUUGUUGACUGGCGCAACCAUCUUUACUUCCCACCUGACAACCCCCUCCUCCAGGACGCUGUGGGAAGGCAACAGUGGCCGGAUGCUGAAGACUGCAUAAGACGCUUGCUUUGCGAUGUCCACGACCGUCUGGGAACUUCUAUGGGCCAGCAAGGCUCGCAAGAGCUCAAACAGCAUCCUUUCUUCAAUGGGGUAACAUGGGACAAGCUGCGCCAAAUCCGGGCACCGUUCCUUCCAGAACUUCGAUCAAACGUCGAUACUGCCUACUUCCCCACUAAUGAGAUCGACCAGUCCGAUACAACGGCCCAUACUCGUGCCCAGGUCGAGGCGAUGAGGAACGAGCACAGUGAUGUAAGCGCUGAGAUGAAUCUGCCUUUUAUAGGUUACACCUAUAAGAGGUUUGAUGCCAUGCGUGCAACAUAG